UCGAGUGUGUAUCAAAGCCUUCAGUCUAAUAGAACUUGUUGCCCGCAGGCAGACAUUAAUGAGUCCUUUUGUCAAGGUGAAGGAACAGAGAUAGUAGGAAAAGCAUUAAAGGAUGCAGGAUGAGAGGGCGUGCAUGAUAAAAACCACACUGCUCAUUUGGGCACAUGAGUGAUUGUCCUUGAUUAUGCAGAUUAGAGACAAAUUGUGUGGAUGUGAUAGAGACAGAGCAGAUAAACUGCUUGGAUUUUGUGUUUUGUUGAAUGAAUACUUCAUUGUGCAAACCUGUUAUUAAAAACGUUCAAUAUUCAAUUUAAUUUAUCACAAAUUUUUUUUAAGGUAGAACCACUAGAUGGGGCUGUUUAGUCAUUGCUGCUCUCUGUGGAGAGUGUUAUUGCCUCUGUGCUUCGAUCAUAUUAUAUCUUUAAUGCAGACUUUUAGUUUUGCUUCAGAUGAGCUACUUUCCAUCUGAUGCUGACUUUUACAAGAUGUGUCUGUGCAAAGAGAACAACCCUAAUGCAAACCUGGUGAUUCAACACUCAUCACAUUAAAAUCACGUAGCUAUAAAAGCUCCAGCAGCCUUUUGUGUCUAAUUUGCCGUGCUUUAUACACGAGCCAAAGUACAAGGGAAAACACGGGGUAUGUAAAUGUGAUGGCUAAAAUGCCUUGUUUUCCGUGCGCCCACAUUGGAGCAGCGUUGCUUUGAUUCGUCUCCAGCUGUAGGGAAUGAGGAAACAAUUACGUUGCCACCUUGUGGGAUGUUUCCUACAGAAACGGCACCGAACGAGCGUGUUCCUGUUCAGCCGUAAAACAAAUGAGAUGGAAAUGAGCUUGAAAAACAACCACAGGAGCGUUUGUUGUUGAUGUACAGUUAAAUUAAGCUUUUUCUUUCAUGUAUGAAGAAUGAAUAACCUGAGCAAUGUCCCACACAGUUACCUCCCUUAACUGCACCAAACUAGUUCAUAUCAGUAAUCCUAGCCAGAACACCAAAGUCUCUGUCCAGUGGUGACCUCCUCUUGUUUGUGUAGCUCUGUAGACACAUAAUCAUGAUGUUCCAGCAGAACAAGUGUUAUCCAGUACCAGUGCUGUUCCCUUGCUGCUACAACAGUGUGCCUGACAGCGACGAUGGGGUGUGGAGAUGCUAGAUGUGUAAGGUGAAAGGUGAGACCUUGUGUGUGUGUAAGAGGUGAAGAAUGUCAGAAAAGAGGUGGAGAAAAGGGAACAUGCAUGUGCAGAAGGACGUUGGGUGAAAGGGUCAGAGGGAUUCUGAGAAGUUUGCUGUCACAUGCACGUCUGUUUCCAAACAGCGGCUCUAUUUUUGGGAGGAGGAAUGUACACAGGCCUCGUGGAAAGAGACCUCAACAACAAACAGUGUGCAACACGGUGCCUGCAGAGAGGUGGACUUGCAGCAUCCACACAAAGAGAGAGGAAGAGACAUGUUCUUCUGAGAAGACGCUUGGAUCCCAGUAACAACACCCGAGGAAGAAGAAGGGAACAAGAAUGGAUCCAUGUGCCGUUGAGGUCCGCCACUAUGAGGAGGGACAGCACUCCUCCUCGCUGCUCCUGCGGCUCAACACGCUGAGACAGGAGAACAUCCUGACCGACGUGGUGCUGUGUUCAGGUACCACACAGAUCCCCUGCCAUCGUAAUGUUCUGAUGUCCAGCAGCCCUUACUUCAGAGCCAUGUUCUGCAACGACUUCAUGGAGAAACAGCGGAGCAAGGUGGGGAUGACCUCUGCCACCCUGAGCAGCAUCAUUGACUACGUUUACACUGGACUCAUUAGCAUUAGCAAGGAUAUGGUGCUUCCUCUAAUGCAGGCGGCAUCCAUGCUACAAUAUGACCGCCUUUUUGAGAUCUGCUCCCGUUUUCCCGUGAAACCAGACAACUGCCUGAGCAUGAUACGACUAUCUGAAAUAAUGAACUGUAGCAGUUUGAGGGACACAAAAGAGAUGGCCAUGAAGAGUUUCUCUGAUGUGUCGACAUCUGAGGAUCUGCGUGAGCGCUUGUUACAGGAGCUGAUGGGGUACCUGGACGAUGAUAGCCUUUGUACAGAGGAGGAGCAGGUCUUUGAGUCACUUGUUGCAUGGAUCCAUCAUGACCCCAUAUCCAGGCGUGGGGCAAUCAGUGAUCUUUCCAGGAAAGUCCGCCUCCGAUAUAUCCACCCCACUUACCUCUUUCAGUUCAUUGCUAACAACUCUCUGAUCCAGUCGUGCACCCUCUGCACUGAGCUCCUCGAAUCCGUGAGAUGCCUCAUGUUUUCCGUUGACACAGCUUGCAUCAAAGGAGUGGAUCUCAAAUCUGUUUGGGUUGCUCCACGGCGUUGCACCUACGAUGACAUGCUGUUGGUGGUAGGAGGGAGGAAGAACAAUGAGCAGACCUCAAAGGAAGCCUUGGUCUUUGAUGAGAAGUGGCAGAAGUGGCAGUGGCUCGCCAAACUUCCAGUUCGUCUUUACAAAGCCUCCUUUGUCGCCCUUCACAGCGUGCUGUAUGUUCUCGGAGGCCUGACCACAAACACAAAGCACGGCCAAGUGAGCAGAACCGUUUACACCCUCUCUCUCAAGACCAACCAGUGGCGCACUGCAGAGCCCAUGUUGCAGCCUCACUUUGCUCACCAGAGUGUCUCAUACUACAUGCACUUCGUCUUCGUCCUGGGUGGACUCGGACCUGACAAGCUCCUAACAGACAAUGUGGAAAGGUACAACAGUAUGUUCAACCAAUGGGAGCCAAUGGCACCAAUCCCUGAGGCUGCGCUUCACCCUGCGGUCGCUGCUAUCAACCAGAGAGUCUAUGUGAUUGGAGGAGAGGAUGCCAUGCAAAACCCCGUCAGACUGAUACAAGUUUACCACAUCAGCAGGAACAUGGGGUCCAAGAUGGAGAACAGAACGGUGAAGAACGUUUCUGCUCCCACUGUAGUUAUGGAUGAGAGAAUCCACAUCAUUGGAGGAUACACCAGGAGAAUGAUCGCAUACGACACCAAGACCAGCAGGUUCAUCAAGUGUGCCAACCUGAGGGAGAGGAGGAUGCACCAUUCUGCCACCAUCAUCAACCACAACAUCUACGUCACAGGUGGACGUUACGUCAGCGGACACGAUGUCAUUGAAGACUCGGACACUUUUGAUGACCCAAAGACAGACACGUGGACAUGUAAAGGGAGCUUGCCUUAUAAACGGUUUGACCAUGGCUUCCUGACUGUGACGUGUCUCACAGAACUGGGCUCAGUCGUGACACAGAAGGGACAAAAACAAAUCCCUUUUGUUGUACAUUAAAGACCAAUCUUUUGUCGUAUAGCUGUUUGCUGAUGACUAUUUGAAUUAUACUAUAGCAUUCCUUGAGUGAUUUUGUCCUUUCAACCCCCAGACAUGUAAAAGGUUUGCUACUCUGCAGCACAGCUUGUUAACCUGAACCCUAACUUCACAAAGGGUGAAAGUGCUGUUUUCAGCCUGUUUUGAGUCAAGAGAUUGUUCUUGUCAUGUUUGGAUCCCGGGGGCUGUUUGGUGUGAGCCUCAGCUCCGAGGCUAUGAUGUUUGUGUCUGCGGCUCCAUUGAAAACUGGUGAUGAAAACGUUGUGAUAAAAAUGUUAACAUUUCUUUUACACAAAGAUCAGAUAAGAGUAUCAAUCUACCAUCUUUAGCAUUAGGCUUACGUCAGCCUUGUUUUCUCUGUCAUUGCUUAAAAAUUUAAAAACACAUUUUAAUUUGUAAUUGUGACAUCUCAUUUCUCUAACUGCAGCUUUUCAUAGCAGUUCUGCCAGCUGACUGUAAUUUUGAUUACAGACACCUCCUCUAAGUCGGACCCUGAUGAUGUCCUGUCCACGCACGAUGUCUUUCUGUCCAGACAUGUUGCUGAACUCCUUAUCCUAGUACUACAUCUAGUUUAAAACCUCUAACUUGUACAAAAAAGAAUGAAAGAGGACAGAUUUAGAAAGAAAGAAACAAUCUUUUCUGUAGUGCCUCUCAAGAUAAAAACCGCGAGGCGCUUCACAAAAACAAAACAAUUUAAAUGAUAAAGAUUUUAAAAAAUGAUUAAAAAGCCUGAACAGGUGAGUUUACAGCUACUUUUUGAAUGAGUCAUUUGAGCUUUUAAAAAUAUUUAGGCUAUGUUGUGGAGAAAAUGACAUAAUUUGUUCUCUCAACGUUUCACGCUGACAUCACCAAGUGCUGCUUUUCCUGAAUUUGAGAAAAUAGGUUUUUUAAAGCUAUUUCUGAAAGUCGUCAUUUAGCAACAGCUAAUGUUUGCAUAUCUGAAACUGAAAGACGAGUGAACAAAAUCAUCAGAAGCAAACAUUAUAGGAGUUUAAGCAUUUCUAACAACACAGAGUCUCUUGCCUCCAUCUAACGAGGCCAAAGGAAAAGUGGUUGGAGAGGGCGAGGAAGGCUGGAGAAACUAUAGGUGAUCUGAUGUUAUUUUGAGUCACAAACAAGGGCAAAUGUUACUCCACGUGAUGCCGUGUGGUGUGAGCUGACUGAUGUGGCGCUAGAGACAGAGAAACUCAAGAGGUGUGUUUCACAACAGAGAAUCUGAGCGAGUGAUGAAACUCAUCCACGAGGAGCAGCAACAGGUGGAUCUGGGUAUCUGUGUGCCCAAGUGUGUGUGUGUGUGUGUGUGUGUGUGUGUGUGGUGGGGAGGGUAACUCGGGACUGACCACCUGUUGUGUCUCAUCAUAUCACAACAAAAACAGGAUGAGGUGAUCUGAAAUAAAGCAACAUGGAUGAUGAGAUUACGAUUUUUCUCAACGAUGCAUUUAGUCAAUUUUAACAGAAAGUUUACAAAUAACCAACUUUGUAAAACAGCAGAUUUCAGGUUUCUUACAUUGAAUGCUCUUUAAGAGGCUCAACGAUGAUAUCAUGCUGAUAUUCUUCUGCUAAAAUAAAUCAUGUUGCAGCUGAA